UACAACAAAAAUACGAACCUGCUUUCUGAGAGAGGCGUGUUAGAAAAACAACUUUGUUUCAUUCAGUUUCUUCCUAUUUGAAAAUAAUUUUAGUGACAUUUUGAAGUAAAUAAUCAGAAUUUACGUGGAGCUUAUAAAGCAUAUAAAUGGAGGAACAACAAGAAGGAAAAAAAGACGAAAAGGAGACCGACUACCGGAGGUUACAGAGUUAUCCAUUGAUUAGGCAUUCUGAUAUGAAUGAAGAGAUGAGGACAGAAACAAUGGAAUUGUGUGUCACAGCCUGUGAAAAAUUUGCAAAUAAUAAUGAGAGUGCUGCAAAACUUAUAAAAGAGUCAAUGGACAAGAAGUUUGGCUCUUCAUGGCAUGCAAUUGUAGGGGAAGGCUUUGGAUUUGAAAUCACACACGAAACAAAAAACCUGCUGUAUAUGUUUUUUGGUGGAAAUAUGGCCAUUACUGUUUGGAAAUGUUCCUAGAUACACAGCUGUUCUUUAAAUGACGACAUCACAUCCAACAAAGAAAUGUGGGGGCAAGCAUUAUGCAAAAAAACAAACUGUAUUUUUUAAGUACUGGUCAAAACUUUAUCUUAUUGGUUUGUAUUUAAAGUGAUUUUGUUGCAUUCAAAUUACAAUAGUACUAUUACAUUUGUAUGAAAUUUAUCAGAAAUAUAACAUUUUUCUUUAAAGGAUUAUCAUCUUUUGAGAAAGUAUGCAAAUAAAAUAAUUAAUUCAGUUUUAAAAUGCACAUAUAUAAUUAUAUGGAGGAAAUAGAGGAAAAGUGAAACCAAAUAUUAAUGUAUCAUUUAUCAUUAAUGACAAUUAUAAAUAUUGAGGGUGGAAAAAGUUUGCCAUUUAUCAGCUACUGAUGAUUUUGUAACCAAAUAAUUAUUGUAUAUUUUACUGUAAACUAGUAGGUAUCUGUACUGUUCUGAACUUGCAGUUUACCCAAUUCUCUUCCAAUUAACACUAACAGUGAUAAAUUAACUGUAGUAUAUUCAGACACCUUGAGAUUGUAGCCAAAGUUAGUGAAAUGUUAUGAAUUAUAUAUUGUAGAAUUUAGUAUUAAUACUGUACAUUUUAAAUAAAUUCAUUGAAGGUUUUCCCAUUA